AUGACUGUAACCGCUUUUCCCUCGCUCUCGGACUCUCCCGACCUCACUCUCCUCAAUACAGCCCGCCUCUUCACCCGCCUCGAACACAAUCUCCUAAAACCAGGCUCCGAGCUCCGCACUCUGCGCGGGUCCGAGUUCCAGCGCAUGCGCGUAACGAAGAAUAUCGAAUACGCACGUAUCCUCCUCUCACAACUGGAACGAUCUCUCCCUCAGUUGAAAUCGCUGGACCGUCGACAUGAAGCACAAGAGGAGCUCGCGCGCGAUAGACAGCUUCUAAAGCGCAUGCAAGCUGUUUUGGAUGAAGAGGAUGCCAGGGCCAAUGAUGACGGAAACCUGGAGGAAGAAGUAAACGAAUGGGAGGAAUUAUUCGCCAAACCACUUGCAGAGACGAUUAUUUCAACGGGCACCGACGGGCCCAUAUAUAUUAAAUCCGAGACGCAAGAGCUGCGGGAUAUUGAACCCGCCAUGACGUCCGUUCCUGCAACUGCAAGUACAGCCACGGCCACGUCUACGUCUACAGCAGCACCGGCACCUACAUCGACGUCUACAUCGACGUCUACGUCUACAUCUACAGCCCCACCAAGUCUCAGGAACAGAUCUACAAAUCAAAAGUACCCACCAGCGGCCAUGGAUACAGCUCAAGCAUCGGGGCGCAGUUCCGCACCUAAGAACAAAGAACAAGAGCUUAGUACACACCGCCUCGAACAGGAAGAUCUCACUAGCUCGCUCGUUUCACUUGCCAGUCAGCUCAAGGCCUCGUCGCAGUCUUUCCAGAAAACAUUGGAGAAUGAGAAGUAUGUUCUUGAUCGAGCGGUGACGGGGAUGGAUAAGACGAGCGCGACAAUGGAGGCUGCGGGGAAGAGGAUGGGGAUGUUAAGGAAGAUGUCAGAGGGGAAGGGUUGGUGGGGGAGAAUGAUGCUUUAUGCGUGGAUCUUUGGGCUGUGGGUUGUUGCGAUUUUGAUUGUUUAUGUCUUGCCAAAGUUCCGGUUUUAG